AUGUUCAUCAAACUCUACCUAUUGGCAUGCCUAUCCACGUUGAUCGCCGCCCUCCAGGUCGAGCCGCUUCGGAAUGCCCACUCGCUGGGUACUGUGGAGCUUAGGUGGUGGUACGAGUUCCCCGACUUUUAUCGUUUCGACAACCUCUCAAUCCUUCUCCACCACCCCUCCAUCGCUUCGGACUUCGCUAUCCUCGCCAAUCAGGCCGAAAGGGAUAGUCCUAUGAACAUUUCCCUUCCGCUCGUUCCUGCCCAGUUGAGUCCCAUCCUCGUUGAGUCACUAGACGGCUACACCCUCCGCGCGACUGAAGUUGGCAACACAACCCACGAGUUCGCUGUCUCGCCUCCCUUCGCUAUCGGCGCCGCGGAAGCCGGUUCUUCGCCUCCUGCGUCUAGCCCAGCGCCAGGCGCAUCGAGCGGCACGGGUACGGGUACCGCUGCGCAGGGGCGCACUACGAACGUGGGUACGCGGGAUAUGGUCUGCAGGGGAGGGGUGCGGUGGACGAUUGCUGCUGCUGCUGCUAUGGGCCUGGAGUGGGUGUUCUGA